UUUCCAAAUAACAAACAUUUCUUCAAUUCAGUGAAAAGUUAAAAUAAAUUGAAAAUGAAAUUGCUAACAAUUCACAGUAAAAGUGUUAAUAUAAAUUACAAACACUCUCUGUGUUCCUUUGCAACACUCUUUGUUGCAAUAACCACCCUCUCAGCCCUUCUUAUCCCAUUCUACAUUGUCAUAUUCGCCAACACGGAUCUGUGGCAUCAAACAGUGACGAUUUAUGAGCAACCAAACAUCACAUUCAUGUACAAAUACAAUUUCCUGGCGAUUACAGAAAAUGAGGAAGUAGUAGCGUGCUCUUCUGUGCCCCAUGUAAACCAAAUCUUGGAAAAUGUACAGAAAUGUGCAACUAUAAAGUUUGUCGAGUAUGAUUUCAACAAUGAUGGAUUGACCGAUUCCAUGGAGAUAUCUUUUCAUUUGGACAUUUCAAGGGAGAAUCCCAUAAAGGAAGUCAUUGUGCAAUUAUUCUUUGAAGGAAUUAUUCAUGCCGAUUGCUAUUUGAACAUCCCAACAGUCUUCCUGCUGCAAGAAAAACUCAACAUCGCGCCAAAUACUCAAGUAAUUUAUCACAAUCGCGUGAAUUUGCACCAGAAAUCGUCCUUCUACUGCCCUUUUUUCGCUCGAAAUGUCCAGUCACGCUUCAACCCCUUCAACUUAAAUGCCACGGACUUUGAGGAGUACAGAACCAUGAAGGUUUAUGAGAAAUUAAAAAUGAAUCCUGCGUACAUUGGCUUUGACGACCGAAAGAAAUUCAGCGAGACAGUUGAGGGUCAUGCUGCAGUUAAAAUUCAAUUGGAAAUUGGGGAAAUUUCUGCACGCUAUCACACAUCAGUGUGGCGAAAGGUCCGUGAGCUAUGGAUCCAGUACUUUUGUCUGGCCAUCCUCUUCCUCUUGCUGGUGCAAAAGGUCAAAGAUUACGCCUUUAGUCGCUUCAUUGUGAGAGCAUGGGAGUCUAUCCCAUGGAAGAAAGCUUACUAAACACCAUGGAAAAACAAUAAAACAUACCUUUUUAUUUUGCAAAAAGAACAAAUUGAAAACUCAUCCAAUAAAUCAGUAAAGACUUGGCAGUGGAGCAUUUUUCUGUGGAUCCUGCGUACGA